UCGGGAGAGAGACAAACACAUGGCUGGGCACAUAUUAUUUGGGAAAAUGUUUUCCGUUCAGGUUUAUGAUCAUCACCUCAAUCCUGAAAAUUUCACCAUUCUGGUCCCUCGCGUAUGAAAAAGAUGAAGUUUCUGGACUGGUACUUGAAGAUAGCAGCUGGGUCCGCCUUGAUCGGAGCUUCAAUGGAGUACUUCAUGAUUCAAACCGGUUUCUACGACAAGGUAACUGUUCUAGAGUCUGAGAAGCGAGCUUGGGAGAAUUCACCAGAAGCUGAAGCAAUCAAAAAGGCUCUCAAUCCUUGGAGGGAGCAUGAUAAGGAGGAGACAAGAUGUAAUUCCUAGUAUGCUGUUGCUUCUCUUUCUUGGCUUUCACUUGAUUCACAAAACGGCUACAAGGAGAAUCAAGAUUGACAAGUGAUUGGAGAACCAUGAUCAAAUUUUCAAACUUGGAUUUGUUCAUGCUUUAUAUAAUUGUUUUGUUUUCAAUUGUGAGUAGGCAUUGCGGGAUUUGAUUAAAACCUCAGAGAUCUGUGAACUGGGAAUUUGGAAGAGAAGAAAUUGAAACUUUUUUUUUGGGAGAAAGAAAUCAAAACUUCCGAUGUAAUCUCUGCUAUUAGACUAAAGUGACUGACAGAAUCCAACUUUCAUAUGCUGUCUUCUUAUUUUGUUCAAUUUGCAAAGAUAGUGGAUCAGAAUUAUUCACAUCCAUUCAAUUGUAUGUAUGAUUUUACCAAUUUGCGAGAAGAAACAUUCUAAUUCAAAUAGUGGUUUUUGAUUGGGC